AUGUGUGAUGGUCCCUUUCUCAUAAUUUUCCCGGCCGUGCUUUGGUUGUGGCUUAGGCUCGACAAUUUGUGUGUGUCGGUGUGCCUCCCGCGGAGAUGCGCCGCCACGUCUUCAAGGCCGACCGCCACGUCUUCUCUCGGUCUCUGUCUCGACGGAAGAGAUCUGGGCGUGCCGCUGGUGGGAAACCCGAAACGAACGCUGGAACGCUUCUCGAACUCCCCAGCCAGUCGGUUGGCAUCAGCAGUGAUAUGGAGCUGGGCGAAUUAUCAAUGAGAUUAGACUGUUCAGAAAUCUUGGCUGGGAAAAGGAAGUUUGAGAUGAUAAUGACACUUUUAGGUCGUUUUGAUUCUGAGUUGUGAUCGUUGAAGAACCAGGAGAAAUUCCUGAAAAUCUUCUAGUUUGGUCUGGCUCUCAGAAUUCGAUAUGGGAUCUGAAAACGAUCUAUUCAAAAAAUGCUCGUUAUUUUGAAACUUUUGGUUAGGAAGGAAUGAAGUUUAAAAUCAGAAUUCUGACUAAUUUUUCAAAAAAUUCGAAUUCGUUAAGUUUAUUAAGUUUCCUUGGCUUCUUUUAUUCUGAAAUGGUGAGGCGAAGGUGGAAAAAAAUUGAUAAAACUUGAAGUCUAAGAGCUUCUAAUUGAAUUAUAAUCAAAAUUGAUUAAAAAAUUGACUUAUUUGAAAGAAAAAAAUCUCCGAAAAGCGUCAAAAAUUCCUUUUUUGAACUCGUCUUGAGAGAAAAAAAAAUUAGAGCGUCAGAUCUCAAAAAUUCUUCAAGUUGUUUUCUCAUAUUUAAUUAUAUUAUAGUCCAAAUGUAUUACAGUAACUAUCAGAAAAUUUUUUAUCAAUUUCUUAAAAUUUCCCUUGUUCUUGCAAGAUGAAAAUGACACCUUUCUGACCAGGAAGGUCGUUUUACUUUGCGGUUACUGUUUCUAUAAAAAACAGCCACUCCUUAAUCUACCAGAAGGAGGUGAUGAAAGUCGUAAACUGCACAGUUUGCUAAUUUCCAAAAAUUGACACUUAAAAAAUAAAGCAAAUCGAUGAAAAAUCGCUAAAAGGAGAAAUUUUCGAAAUUUGAGUCAUUUUUUCUAAAAACUAGAAGUUUUCUGCAGUCUGAGACUUCCUAGACUUUCAUAAGUAAGAAAAAAAUAGCUGAAAUUUUGAAAAGGUCCAAAAAAAGUAUUUUGAUGGUUUUCCUUGAUUUUGACAAGGUUCCUUUUUCUGAAAAAUGUAGCUCAGGUGUAGUAGACUCGCUGGGGAUUUUCUGGUACUCCGAAAGAAUAUUAUGACCCAAUUUUACGGAAAAGCAAAAUUACUAUAUUACACUUUCAUAAGAAUUCCAGAAACUCACCAAAAAACCGAUCAAAAUUCUGUAAUAUCCCCGUAAAUCUUCUUUUUUUUCUCUUCUUUCACACAUUUCGGUGGAAACACCUUGAAACGGUUUUGUUGCGAUUAUCCUGCACUGAACUGAGCAAUUACACGGUAAUUGCGAACAAUUACCGAUUUUUAUGACCGCUUCUUUUGGGUUCCGAUAGCUGUAAAAGUUACUUCACGAAAAGAAAAAGUUUUGGCGAAGAAAAUGGGACUUUUUCUAUUUUUUCCGGGAAGAAAACCUCUAAAAAAUAUUUUUCAUAUAAUAUGAAAAAUGUUGUAAUCAAGCUUUUCAAAAAAAUAUGGGAUUGAACGUUUUUUCUAAAAAAACUUUUUUUAAUUUUUUUGAGCUAAAAUAUUACUUUCUGAGAAAAAUAAAUUUUUUUACACCCGAUUCUGCAAUAAAAAUCCAAGACCACGGGAACCAAUAAAUCAUAUUUCGGAGAGAUGGCAAAAAAGUCCAAAAAAAGUGCGCGCCGGGGGCAAUUCUUGCCAAGGCCGUUCGGCAUCAAAGAACGAUCUGACCAGGAAAUGACGUCAUCGUUCAUUUUCUGCAAAAGGUUGGAAAAAAAAAUUCAGUAGGAAAUUCGACAGGUUGUUUGGAAAAAAAAAUUUUUUAGACCGUUUCUAAGAUUUUAUAUGAUUUAAUGAUAUUUGGAGGCCAAACUGACCUUUUAGGAAAAUUUUAAAGUUCAAACUUACCAUUACGAAAAUUCGCAUGCUGUAAUAUGCGGACUAUCCUUUAUCAUGGUUAUUUUUCGGAAUUUUUUUCCAGUCUUUGAAAAAUUUGAGCUUUCUGGACUAAAUUUUAAUAGUAAAAAAAGUGUUUUUGAGCUUUAUUUGACUUUUUGUUAUGAGCAGAAGGAUUUUUGAAAGAAACUUUUUUUAAAAAGUACGAAAUUGACAGAAAAAAAUAAAAAAAUUUUUUCAAAAAAAAUGACCGUACUUUAAAACCGUACGCGAAUUGAAAAAAAAACUACAAUUUACCGACGAAGCUUGACAGUUUCAGAAAAAUUAAAAUCAACUAUCUUCGAUAUACCAACCAGGCCACGCCUUUUUAAUUUUGAAUUUUCCCGAAUUUCAAAAUUAAACAUUUAUUAUAAAUUUUCACGCUAUCCUGAGCAAUAACUACCGUAAUCCAUUUUUCGCAUCACCUGUUCAUUUUCUGAAUUCAAAUGCGAUGCUCGUUCACCGCAAGGGGAAAAAAUGUCUCGCGACCUGGACAAAGAACAUUUGAAGGGGCGGAGCCGUUUUUGAAAUGUGCGCCACGGACAAAUUUGAAAUUCCCACCACGCCUCCUUUCAUCCAAUUCUACAGUAAUCCUUUGAUUUUUGAGAGAUUUGGCCAUUUUCGGCAACGACAUAAUGGUGGAUUGGAACUUGGUGGAAUGAGGUUUUUUGAAAAAUGUUUUGGGACCGCGGGGAGCGCUAACAUGAGCAAUAGGGAUGGGUGUUGAGGUUUAUUUUUCUGUUUAGGGUGUUAUUUAUUUUGGAAGGGAAUUUUUUGAGGAAAUGGUCCUGGUGUGGUUUAGAAGGUAGUGAGUGAAAAAUAGAGUUAUUGAAUUUUUUAGAAUUGGCAGACUUCUGAAUUUUCCAAGUGACCACUUGAGUGCCUAGAUUUUUUUUAGUCAGUUUUCCUUUUAGAAGUUCAUUUGAUUUUAUAUUUUGAAGAUGAAGCUUUCAUUUUAGUAGUAUAUAUGUACUGAUAGUCUAACCUUGAGCCCAAGUAAUUUGUUUUUUUACAAAAAUUUUUUUUUUGGUUCUUUGCGCUGAAAAAAAUUAUCAUUAUGAACUUUGGAGAAGUUUGAAUUUUUUUAAAGGCUUUCCGAUGGUCUGUAAUCCAUUUACCAUUAGAAAAACAAUUCAUGAGCUAUUUGGCAAUUUUCUUUCUGCAGUCGCUUAUCUCAGAAAGGUUCUCAUUGUCCUGUUUUUUAAGCUAGAAGAGAAUUAAAUUGAACUAAGAAUUUUUUUCAGAUUUUAAGAUCUUAUAGACUAGGCCCUAAUUUUAUCUACUUUUUUUAAACAGACUAGGCCCUGAGCAAUUUUUAUGAUCCCAUAUGGGUCUUUGACAUUAUCAAGACCUCAAGGGCCCUUAAGUGAUCCCUUGAAACUCCCAGGAGUAUCAGCCUUAAAGUGGCCACUUCAAGGCCCCUGUUAACGCCACCCACGACGUCAUCGAAUCAAUCAUCGCUCAAACUUCCAUUUUUUUGAUCAUCGUUCGAAUCCCCCCUCUGGUCCGACUCAACCCGCCGAUGACGCUAAUUCCUCGUCGUCGUCGCUGUGGCGGUGCCAGGCCCUCGCGAACACUUCAGAAUUUGACGGAGACGGACGGGGAUGGACAGUCCAACGGUUGUGGAAGUAAGGAGAGGCGAGAACGAAUGGGCAAGGGGAGGCGAAAAGACGACCUUCGUCUUCUUCUUCUUUCGUCGAUGCGUCGGGAAACAACAACUUUGAGUGCCGCCGCGGCUUUGGAAUAUCUUUUCCGAUUGGUUCGAGUGGUCACUUGA